GUUGAUUGGAUUAGAUAACCCUAUAAAAAACACUUUCCAAAUUAGUGGUGGACGUUGGUGUAAAAUUAGAAACCUAUUGGAUGACGAUGAUGAUGUUACCAGUACACUUUUCUUGUUCAUUUACAAAUUUACCUACUAAACAAUUUAAUAUUAGAUCAGACUUCUAUGAUAUUGGUUCAAUUUCAAGUUUUCGAUAUAACAAAUUCACAACUUCUGCUGCUAAAUCUGGUGGAUUCUCUGUAUCAGGUUUUAAGAAAUGUGAGAAAUGUAGAGGCCAAGGUGCCAUAGAAUGCCCUGGAUGCAAGGGAACCGGGAAGAACAAAAAGAAUGGGAAUAUAUUUGAGAGAUGGAAGUGUUUUGAAUGUCAAGGAUUUGGACUAAAGAGUUGUCCUCAAUGUGGAAAAGGAGGUCUUACACCAGAACAAAGGGGAGAAAGAUGACUUGCUUUCACUUUUUUUAUCCUAUAAAAAUGGCUUAUUUUUCAACUUAUAAUUAUAAUAAUGAAAUUGGUUGCAAUUAGAUGUGUUCA